ACAGAGCAGCACAGAGCAGCUUGGAUGGGGUGAGUCGCACCUGUUGAAGAAUGGCUCCUCGUUUUGCAUGGAGACUGGGGAUCCUAUUCCCUGCUUGGAUCAGCUGUGCAUUGCUAUUGACAUCACACUGUGGAUCCCUCCGAGUGCUGAGGGAAGAGAUCUCUCUGCUUGCUGCUGAUAAAGAUCCCAAAUGCUUCACCAGAACGGACAAAGACCUGACUUGUUUUUGGGAAGGCAGGAAUAACACUUCAUACGAUUUCUAUUAUGAAUAUGAGGGAGAGGAAGAGGAAAAGAAAUGCACACUUACCCAUCAGAGAGUGGACCCAGACACGGGGCUUCACAUUUGCUUGUUCCCUCCUGAAGAUGUUUACCUGUUUGUAGAAGCACUCAUCAAAGUGACAGAGUCCGGGACAAACAGGUCUGUCUACGAGCGCGUGGUGAAUGUGGAAAACCAAGUUCUGCUAGACCCACCAACCGAUGUCUCAGUUUCUCUGAAUGGUAAACCACAGCAGCUUACAGUGAGGUGGACAGCUCCCAGAACAGGCAAUCUUCAGUAUGAAAUACAAUACUCCUCUGACAAAGCACAAGCGAAGGUAAGCGAGCCACUGUCACUGGUUCACACUCUGUAUGGGCUGAGUCCAGGUGAGAAAUAUAACAUUGCAGUUCGUGCCAAGCCGGACGGCAGCUCGCGGGACGGGUUUUGGAGUGCCUGGUCCCAGACUGCCAGCGCUGUGGUGCCCAGACCUGCAGAUGAAAUUCAUCUGAACUGCUUCACCCCUGAUCUCCAGUAUGUUAUCUGCAACUGGAAUUCAGAAGAGAUGGAGAAGGAUACUCAAUACACUCUCUAUUACCAGUCCAGAAACGGUGACUGGGAAGUGUGUGACCACAGUGACGUCACCAACACCUGCACAUUCCAGGGCUGGAACUCCAGUGACAUCAUCGUUACCGUCAAUACCAGCUCAAGGCAUCAGAACCACACCUUCUACAAGGAGCCAAUCAACAUGAAUCACAUGGUUCUCACAGCCCCGCCGAAGCACUUGGCAGGUGAAGUGAAUGACGGCAAGCUGAGGCUUCAGUGGGAACCGGCCGUGGCAGAGCUUGCAGACCACAUGGUUUACCAGAUCCGGUAUUCACUGGAUAACCACAGUGGAUGGAAGCACAUUAUCCUCGAGAGCCCAGAGCCCAGGACCCUGCUGGACGUGCAGGUGGGGAGUCAGUACCACAUCCAGAUCAAAACCAAGCCCAAUGGAGACACGUACAAGGGGUCCUGGAGCAACUGGUCCCACACUUUCACCGUGGCAGUUCCAUCGCAGCUCGGACUUCUGCUCAUUGGCUUGGUCCCAUUAGUGUUGGUCCUGAUAGCGGUUGUGAUAAUGGCCACGUUCUCCAAGUUUUUCAGGAAGAUAAAACAGCACCUGUGGCCGCCCGUGCCCGACCUGGACAGAGUUCUGGAAAACUUCCUGACAGAGAUCAACAAGCAUUGCCAGCCAUUGCAGCCGUUUAAUGACAAACUUUGCAAGGAGGAUGUCCUUCCAACCGUGGUGGAGAUAGUGUCUGAGAAGGAAACCAGCAACUCCAUGGAGAGCCACGGGGACGACCUGGACAGCCCGUCCCCACCUCUCGGACAGGACCGCCUGUCCCUUUCUGAGGAGACGCCCCCCUUAGAGACUGCCAGUCAGGGUUAUGUAGUCCUGGAUCCAGAGCACAACGUCAAAGGUUCCGAAGGGAACGAGUAUGUGCACGAGGAGGAAGGCGAGAUGGAUAGCUCCCGUCCCGUAAGCCUACACUGCCAGUCACGCUGUUUUCCAGAUUCCUCGGUCCACGGCGGUCACGUCCUGCCACAGCUCUUGUCCAGGUACGGCCACUUGGCGGCCCGGUCAUUACAUCAGCACCCACCUCACUCCGCGGAUAUCUCAAACCAUUCUUAUCUGCUGCUUGCCGACUCUGAAUCCAAAAUCCUGGUGGAAUGGCAGCUCAGCGGAGAAGCCAACCUGUACGCAAACGGGGACAGUUUAACCCAGCUAAUGCAGAGCAAGUGAAUCGCUGAGCUGUUCUAGGUGUGGUCUAGCACUGCCUUAGAAACCUUCAAAGAAGCUUAAAAACUCAACGAUAAACGCUUCGAAAAAUACUCUUCUAGUCGAAGUGUUCGUCAAUGAAUUUCUGUUUCUUUUAGCAUUUCUAAAUUCAGCCCUUCUAGUGUCUAGGGGUCAGGGUCAGUUCUUAUCUAUCAUGCAAGCUCAUAGGUCAUUCAAUCCCUGAUUUGAUAAAGUACAGUACAGUAUAUACCACAAGGUGUGGACACACGUCUGGCUCAAGAACAAAUUGUGCCCUGAGCCUCCACCCACACGCAACAGUCCUGGAGUCUUCAUCACUUCUCAAACUAUAUACACAGGACUUUGUACAGAGGACUGGUUUAGGGGCAGACAGUACAGCUGAAUACUGCUGGGUCUAAGUGGCGCUCUAGGUCAACCGGGAGUAUGCGUACCCCUGGGGGUACUUCCAAGGGUCAUAGGGGGUACGCAGGUCGACUCACAAAUGCACAAAUAAAAACGAAAGUAAAAGAAAAUAAUGAUUUUUUUUUUAAACAGUUUUAUAUAUUAUCUAGAACACUGUGUAUAAUUAUGUAAUUUGUGUUUAGCAGAUGAAAACAAAUACACAAAAUCUAUCACGUCCACAUUUUCCACCUGUACGCAUGCGUGAUUUCGAUUGAGUGGAUUUGAUAUAGAGGUGAAGCAGGCGUCUGGUGAUUGUGCCUGUGGAGAGCGCUCUGUGAGGCUCAUGAUUUUUGCUGUUUUCAACUUGUAUCAGUGAAGCACGUUGUUAAUGCUUUUUUUUUUUCUUAGAAGUAUAAAUUCUCUGGUAAACAUAAAUAGUAGGCUAAUCACAAUACUCAUGCUUCGAGGGUUUUUGUUUUAUUUAUUACCGCGGCUGCAUUUUAGUAACAGCAAUAGCGUCUGUUUGAUUAUGUUGUCGGUGUUUGAAAUGGAUGCAUUUCUUACUGGCGUAACAAAAACAAAGGAAGAAAACACAAGAGUCGACAGGAAGUGCAUUCAGUGAGCAAAACUAGAGAGGGUACUUUAGCUGAAACCUCCCAACAGAAGGGGUACAGUUUAAAGGUUGAAAAUUCACAUGUCAGUGUUCAGGGAAUGCUUAACUGUACACAGCAAUUAGAGACAACAAACAAUGAGAGGAUAACAGAAAACUUUUAGAAAAUGGUUUCUUCACGUGUGUAAGUUUAGAUCAAUUUAGAACAGUCCACAUGAAAUGUAUAUUAUUAAGUUUGAUAAACUGAAACUUGGGAAAUGCAGUUUAUUUUCAUUUUUAAUCCUGUACUUCAGAAUACUGUAAUCUGCCAAGUGUUUAACCUGUAGUACUUUGUAUUUAAUCACAUCCUGAUGUAACUAUCACUAUUUAAUUACAUCCUGAUGUAACUAUCACUAUUUAAUCAUAUCCUGAUGUAACUAUCACUAUUAUCUGCUGUAUUAUUGAAUUGUGGUUUGUCACACUUGUACUUUGCUUGAACAAAAGUUAUUGUAUUUCUUUCUCUUAUUGUAUUACUUGUAUUGUAACACUUGAAAUGUAUUUGCUUACGAUUGUAAGUCGCCCUGGAUAAGGGCGUCUGCUAAAAAAUAAAUAAUAAUAAUA